AUGACGCCCCCAAUUCUUAGAUCUGGGAACGUGGUGAGAAACCUAGAAAAUACUUUUGAGAAGUCUGAGAAAGAGAAGGCAGUCAAGAUUACUAUGGAAGAUGAGAUAGCUUACUGGAAGUCAUCUAUUGUUUGUUAUGUGCUAGGAGCCAAUCCGCCAUUAUCAGUUUUGGAUGGUUUUGUUAGACGCAUAUGGAGUGGAAAGAUCGACAAGGUCGGACUACUGUCAUAUGGGGUGUUCUUAAUCAGAUUUGAUACAAUGGAGCAUCGUGAUGAAGUGCUGAAUGGUGGCUACAUAUUCUUUAAUAAGAGACUUGUCAUCAUGAAGGCGUGGGAUCCAAAUACUAACUUCAAAAAUGAGGAUAUUCGUACUAUUCCAAUUUGGGUUCAGCUUACAGAUUUGGAGUUGAAGUAUUGGGGGCAAAGAGCUUUGUUCAAAAUCAUUGGCCAAGUAGGAGAACCUAUUAUGGUGGAUGAUGCUACCAAAGAGAGAGACAAGCUUAGCUAUCCAAGAGUCCUCAUUCAAGUGUCCAUUCAUCAAGAAUUCCCAGGUACUAUCUAUUUUGAAGAUGAGCAUGGAAAUAAUAUACCUGUUGAAAUCUUUUAUGAGUGGAAACCUAUAAGAUGUGGAAAUUGUAAAGGAAUAGGCCAUGCCACUCUGGAUUGUCGUAAGAAAGAAAGUUUGAAGCAGGAGUGGGUGGUCAAGAACGAUAAAAGAAAAGCUGAAGAAAAACCAAAACCAGCACCAAGGGAGUUCCAAGCAGUAACCAAAGGCUGGAAAAUUAAAGCAAAAGAACCAAUUACAGGACCCUCUACAUCUAAUUCCUUCCAAGCUCUACAGGGUAAUUCUCUUAUAGAAGAGGCUGUAACAUAA